GGGGGUGCUUCCAUGUUGAUCUGAGGGGGGGGCUUGACAGCGGAGGCCCGUGUUCUGCCAGUGGGCGGAGGUUAGAAAAUAAAAUCAGCCGUCACUCUCUGCACGUCGGACAGAGGUGACACAAAGUGCUGGAGCUGGUCUCCAAGGCGGCCUGGGAUUGGAUUUGGACCCUGCAGGCUGGGGGUGUGGGAUUCUACCUGUUGAGCUCCACUUUUUGUACUUUUUUGUAGCCGGUAGGUCGUGAGUGAAUGGGACUUGGCAGUGUGUUGCUUUGCUGCAAGGGACGGAUUGGGAAUCAUGUUUGACGCUAAAAGAUGUUUGCAACUUGAAAUGCUGCUAAAGGAAUCACGCUGACCUUGAAAGAAACACGAGCCUUCAUGCUUAACUUGAAAAUAGGCCACAUUUAUUUUGGUAAGGCACCUCCAUGACUUCACUCUCUCCUUAUGUGAGCCCCCCCAUCCAAAAUAGAUAGCCUCGGACCCUCAUGCUCCUACGUUUUUCAUCUUUUAUACUUUCUAUAAAUACAUGACUAACCUGGAAUGUGCAACAUUGGCAAUGAAAUCCUUUUUCACAUUCAGAUGUUAAGUAGAACAUGUUGUCUUUCACCGGGGGGGUCCAAACUUCCAAAAUGAAAGGAUGCAGUUUAAGCGAUAUGCUACGAAUUACCUCCUUCCUGAUUUCUUAUUUCUUUGCAUGUUUGUCACACUACAAUGUUUCAGAUGCUCACACAAAUGUAAAUAUUAGUCAAUGACAACACAACUCAACACUUGAUGCACUUUUUAAAUCUAAUUUUUAUUAUCAAGGGAGAAAAAAAACGGCCUGCAUGGCAGAGUUCCAAGAUCAACCACUUAUUAGCUUUAGGGGGCAAUCACUUUUUCACACAGAGACAUGCAGCUUUGGAUGUUUUUUCUCCCUUAAUAAUACAAAGUUUCAUUUAAAAAGUGUUGAGUUGUGUUGUCAUUGACUAAUAUUUCCAUUUGUUUGAUGAUCUGAAACACUGAAGUGGGACAAACAUGCAAAAAAAGCAGAUAAAAUAAAAUAAUAAGUCAAUGACUAAACCUUUUCCCCAACCUAAUUUUCCAAAAAUGUUUUUUUAAUAUUUAAGUCCAUUUUGCUAAAAUGACAUUAUUUUUCCUCAUAUUACCUCUUUAUCAUGUUAUUUUUUUUAUUCUCAAAAACUUUUUUCUCAUAAAAUUACAGCUGUUUUUUUUUCCAUUUAUGCUUUUUUUUCCUCCAACUUUUUCAACUCUUUUCUUGUAAAUUUUCUUCUGGUAAUUUUGACUUUAUUCUCCCAACAUAACUUUUUCCACAACAUAAUUUUCCAAAAAUCACAACUAUAUUUAUAGUUUUGUGUUACAAUUUUAAAAAUAACAUAUUUCAGCUUUAUGCUACUAAAAUGAUGUUAUUUUUCCUCAUAAUAUUAUGCUAUAUUUAUAUAUUUAUUCUCGAAAGAUUUCUGCUGAUUUUUCUUUUUUAAAAAAAAAACAUAUAAAUGAUAUCAUUAGAACGUGCUGCGGGCCACAAAUGGUCCCUGAGCCGCACUUUGGACACCCCUGUGUUACACUUUCCAAACUACUUUCUUCCAAGCUUUUAAAGUCAUGGUUGCAACCCGCCAUUAAACUAACAGAAGAAGAAGAAGAAGAAGGAUGUUCUGCGUGGGGAACACUGACCCGGACUAUAAUUUGCAGUUAUUUUUAAUGGUUUGGCUGGUCCUGCGACUUGUACUCCGGAGUGACUUAUACAUGUUUUUUAUCACACUGACAGCCGCAAGACGCCACUCUCGGCUUGUGUGCCAGUGUUAUAUAGCGUAUGUGCCAUGUUGUUACACUUCAAUACCCUAGAUGGCACUAAUGUGUUAGGCAUCUGUGGAAUAUGUCUGUCGUACGGAGGAGCUCUCGCUAUGCUAGAGACAAGAUGUUGCCGCCUGCUUUGAAACAAUGCCACCCAAACAAGAGAUAAGUUUCUCUCUUUUUAACACGUUUGGUUCAUAUCAUGAUGAUAUUGUGCAGAUGUUUGGUGUUAUUCAGGUGUUUAAACGUUGCCAACAUGCUGAAGAAGUUGUAUUUAAGAAAAGUGCGUGAAAGGUGAAGCCACUUUCUUGUCUUCAGCUGCUGGCAGCACACGUUGAUGCUGAGCAGGACCUCCUGAAACAUUUCAAGCACAGGAAGCAAGCACCCCGCCGCUGACCCGCCGUAAGACCAUCAUGUACCAGGCCGCUGUCGCCCAGCCAGCAGACCAGGCCAUGCUGAGCAGGGUACAUUUCAUAUGUAGCAUGAAGCUCCUGCUGGCCCGUUUGACAUCAGAAGCCGUGCUUUCAUGAUGCUGAUGUGUUUGUCGUCCUUGUCUGCCGUGCUGCAACACGCAGGAAAUGUCACACUCAGAGGUCUCAGGGUCAAGCGGCAGCCGACAGGUGGUCUCAGGUGGUCAGCAACGACUUUCCAGCCAAGAAACCACGGUGUCAGACAGUGACAAUAACUUGGAUAACAAUGAUAAAAAGCAUGAAAAUGAAGAAGAGGAAUUUCCCAGGUACACGACAAAAGAACUGAGAGCUCACUUUGAAAGAACCAUAGAGGAGGCCGCCCCACACAAACCAAUCAAGAUUGGACGUGACAUCAGUCGAUCUAAGUGGUCCUCAAAUGUAAGCCAGAGCAACACAGCGACUAACGAGGUGCACACGGUGGCGGCAGCAGAAGAAACAACGGAAGCCAUGAUGGAUGAGCAGGACUUUCCACCACCACCACCACCAGCGAUUGAGGAUUCUGAUUACCUUCCACCUCCGCCGCCAGAUUUACUCCAAAUGCCAUCAGACAGUGAAAAUAAUCCAGUCGGCCAUUACUCACCUGAGCCUCAAGGACCAGCAAACCCGUCAAAGAACCUUCUUAGCAGAGAAGCUUACUUAAAGCAAAAGAGCAUGUCUGAGCUGAAACGUCUGUACAAGCACAUCCACCCCGAGCUUCGGAAAAAUAUCGAAGAGGACUUCUACAACGAGUACAACGAGACUGUGAACAACCAGCGUGACGGCCAAGAGUACACGUACGAGGAGGACGCUGACGUCACCGAUGAAGAAUACGAAUGGGAAGAGAUUCUACCCGGUGAUGUUCAGGCGAGGCGUUGGAUUUUUGAAAAUAAGCCACUUGAUGCCAUCAAGGAUGAAUCCCCAGAUGAAGAUGGCGACAACAAGAGAAUUAGCGAAAAGGAGAUGAUUCUGGGAAAGGAUGUGAGACGCACGGCGUGGAUGUUUGAGACAAAGACCAUGGAUGAGCUGGGUCCACGUGACGCCAACUCCACAGAGUAUAAGUUCAACAAAUUUGACAAAGGAGACGUGCGUGCUGCAGCGUGGUUGUUCGAAACCCAAACCAUGGACAGUCUAAAUAAAAUGCACAAGGAGGAGGAGCUAACGAAAGAGAUCAUUUUUACAGGAGAGGAUGGAAACGCCACCAUUUACAUGGUUGACAAUAAGCACAUGGGAAAGCUCGGGCACACGGAGACCAUCGACGAGAGCCACCUGCUGAGCUUGAGAACUGUGUUGGAAGAAAUCAACGACGAGGUGAAAACUAUCACGAGCACAUUUGACACUCAGUUUAAGUGCAUCAUCAUGGGACAGUCCAGUCAGAUGCUGGAGAUUAUAUCCGUGCGCAAAAUUGAAACCGAACUGGAGAGCUCCAUCGCGUCCCGUUGGCUUUUUGAUACCCAACCUCUCAAUGUGGACGACCCUCCUUCCUUGCUGAAGCUGGUGUGUAGUCUCUCCAUGGAAGACAGCAACAAAGGGGACUGGGGCCGAUGGCUGUUUGAAAUAAAGACCUUGAAUUCCCUCGACGAGCUGGAAAGUUCAAACACAGAGAAGGAGAUAGUCGGGGCAGACGUGCGCAAACACUGCUUAGUGUUUGAAACCCAACCCAUGGAUUCUCUCAAGGAUGAUUCCAAUGCCAAACCUCAGUCUGUUGAAGACAUCAUCGGGGGCAACGUUAGAUCGGCCAGGAACUUCUUUGAAAGCAGCCCUCAAACUGAGAGGAAGAACCGCCCUGAAGUGGGAAAACUUCAAGAGACGUUGGUGAACGGAGAAAUGAAAGGUGAUGUGAGGCACCAGAAGUGGCGCUUCGAGAGUCAGCCUUUAGAGCACAUCCGAGACGAGAGGAAAGAGGUGACUCGCACGGUCAACAUUGAGGAGGACCUCACGCAGGAAGACGGCAUACGUUGCAGAGCAGACGUUUGUAAAAACCGCUGGGUGUUUGAGACUCAGCCGAUGGACACGUUAAAAGAUGACUCUAACAGCCUCCCCCUGACCAAGGAGGAAAUCAUUGCGGGAAACGUGAAGUUAGCCAGGCAUUACUUUGAGACGAUCCCGACCGAGGAGCCCAAGGAGCUCGCAGAGGUGGGCAAGCUGAAAAGGAGAGAUGAAAUGGAGGAGGAGAGGGGAGAUGUUCGACACCAAAAAUGGAGAUUUGAAAGCCAACCUUUGGAGCAGAUUCGAGACGACAAGAAGGAGGUCAUCCGAACAAUCGAUUUGGAAGAAAUUGACAAAGUGGACGUGUCAAACUACACACAAAUGUUUGAGAGCACAGAUUUUAACCGACGGGAUGAGUCUCAAAGGAUCCUUGUGGAGGGCGUCACAAGCGGCUCGGUGCGCUCUAACAAAAACCUGUUUGAGUCGGGGCUCCUGUAUGCCAUGCAAGACAGCUCGGGACAUUGCCACCAGGUGAAAACCGUGCGUCACGAAGAGGUGGUGAGCGGAGAUGUUACAACAUAUAAAUGGAUGUUUGAAACGCGGCCAAUCGACCAAUUUGAUGAAAGCAUUGACAAAUACCAAAUCAUUAAGGGUAUAUCCAAACAGGAAAUAGAAUCUGGAGACGUUAAAACUGCCAAGUGGCUCUUUGAAACCCAGCCUCUUGAUUCCAUUAAGUACUUCAGCAACAUUGAGGACGAGGAAAUGGAAAGUAAAGGUCAAGAUGUGAUGAAGGGAGACGUAAAAUCCUGCAAGUGGCUGUUUGAGACCCAACCGAUGGACGUCCUGUAUGAAAAGGUGGACAUAAAGAGUGAAAAUCAAUGUGAAGAAAUUCCAAAGGGAGAUGUUAAAACAUGUACGUGGCUUUUUGAGACACAAGCGCUUGAUAGCAUACGUGACGAGACAGAGACCACACUGAAAACAUGCACUGUCAAUCAAGAGGACAUUCGGGGGAAAGACGUGAGAACAGCGUGUUUUCUUUUCGAGACGGAGAAACUGGAGAAUCUCUCUGGGAAGGAUACAAGCGCUUUUAAGCGCAUCACCGAGAUUGACAUCGCUACUAGAAAUGUGUCAAGAAAGAAGUACAUUUUUGAACACAACACAUCCGAUAUCAUCACAUCGACUUCUGAGGAAGAGAUGCAACAUCUCAAGAGAGUGCAGACUGAGGAUAUACAGAAAGGGAACGUCCUGACCUGCAGAUGGCUCUUUGAAAACCAAUCCAUAGACGGCAUACACGAGGGCCAAGAGGAAUCGGCGAGGGGCUGCACUGUAACGGAUGUACACGGAGGGGACGUAGAGAAGGGCCGCUUCAUCUUUGAGACCUUCUCCUUGGAUAAAAUCAAGGACGCAGCCUCUGAAACUGAGCUGUCCACAACGCAGAUUGUUUGCGGUGACGAAGAGAAGGGGGACGUGAGAAAUUACACCAUGAUGUUUGAAACCCAACCUCUUUACGCCAUCCAGGACAAGGACGGCUAUUACCAUGAGGUCACCACUGUCACCAGCGAAGAGGUGACACGAGGCGAUGUGGUGGGAAGACAGUGGUUGUUUGAAACCAAACCCCUUGACGCCAUCAAGGACUCGGACGAGGUUUAUGUCAUAAAAUCUGUCACACAGCAGGACGAGCAAAAAGGAGAUGUGACCUCAGCAAAGUGGAGGUUUGAGACCCAACCUCUUGACAGGAUUUGUGAAGAUGGUAAGCUGCUGAUGAAGACCGUGGAGGACAUUCAAGGUGGAAAUGUUAAAAUGAAUAAAGAUCGUUUUGAGUCAGACGCCGCGUGCCAGGAGUCUGUCAGAACAGUCGACGUCAGCGAGAUACAAAAGGGUGACGUCAGGACAGCCAGGUGGAGAUUUGAAACCCAGUCCAUUGACAAAAUCAGAAGCUUGAGCUCAGAAAACCUGAUCGAGAGCGUUAAAAAGGACGAGGUGGCGAAGGGAGACGUGAAACAUUCCGUUUGGCUCUUUGAGAAAAAUCCUCUCGACCACAUCAAGGAGGUAGACGAGGACGAGGAGACGUACGUCGCUCAAGAGGAAAUUCUCAAAGCAGAUGUAAAGUCAACAACGUGGCUCUUUGAAACGACGCCUUUUGAUGACUUUAACGAGACGAGAACAGAGAAGACAGAAAUUCUGGGCAAGAGCGUCAAGGGAACGCUUGAGGAGCUUUACAGUCAGAAAAUGGUGACAUCCAAAGGAAUACUGAUUGAAUCUGAUGAAAUUGGAGACGUUAGGAUGGCAAAAUAUCAUCUUAUGAAUCAGCAAAGUCCUGAGAUUCAGCGAGAGGAAGUCAUCAGAGGGGAUUUGCAGACUAUCAUGAUGAACCUACUAAACAGACAGGAAAAACAGAAGCGACAGGUGGUCAUCGAGUCAGAAGAGAAGGGUCAUAUCAGUACCACAGUGCGGCAGCUAUUCAACCAAGGGAGGACUAAAAGUAUUGAAAAGGAAGAAAUUAUACGAGGGGACAUCCAGGAAGCCAUAGAUAAGCUUUUUGGUGAAAGUAGCUCAGCCAAACAUGGAAUGCUCAUUCAGGAGGACGAGAAAGGAGACGUUCGGAUGACCAUAUAUUCCCUUCUAAACAAACAAGACUGUGUUCAUGUUGAAAAAGAAGGUGUUGUAAGAGGGGACAUAAAGAGCACUCUGCAAAGACUCUCCAGCCAGGAUCAGCCCGACCUGACCAAGAAGAUAACGAUAGAUGACACAGAGAAGGGAAAUGUUCAUUUUUAUUCCACAUGUAUCGAAUCUGGGGCCCUCAGUUAUCUAAAACAGCUCCAUUUAGAACCCGAUGAAGAGCCAACCGACACGGUUGAGAAAGAAAAGAUCAUCGGAGGUGAUAUCGAGGCCACCAAAGUCAUCCUCAGUCGCAACCCAACUCAAGUUGAGCGCACGGUGGAUGAUGUCAUACCUGGCGACGUUCAUAACACGGUGAAAGUUUUCAUGACGGAACCCGUCUUGUCAUCGGAGAGUCACCAAAAAGAGGAGAUUGUCAAAGGGAAUUUGAAAGCUGCUUUGACUUCCUUGUCUGAGUCAGUGAACCAGACUGUUGUUGUAGAGAAAGAGGAGGUGGUGAAAGGCAACAUUCCCAAAACUCUGCGAUGCCUGGAGAGGGCGCAAAAUCGUCACAAGGAAAUGGACAAGCCGGAUAUCAUCCCUGGAAACAUCAAAGGAGCUCUGAGAUCUCUUGAGAAAUCCACAACUUCGAGGGUGGAAGCUGCCGUUGAGGAUCUCGUUCCUGGAGAUGUCAAGGCCACGCUGAGAUGUCUCGAGCUAGCCAAGCAGUCGGUGCGGGAAGUGGAAAAGGAAGAAAUCGUGAGGGGAGAUAUUCACACAGCCAUACAAUGCCUAAACGAUGCUUCCGCUGAAAAGAGAGUGUGCCAGCAGGAGAUAGAUGUUCAGGGGGACGUCAAAGGAACAAUUCAGCUCCUAAUGGAGCCUACAUCCUCUCCUAAAAUGCAAAGGAGCUGGAGCAUGGAAGAGCUGAAAGGUGGUGUCAAGAUGUCAAUCAAGUCUUUAUACGAGACGCACGAGCAAGCUGAGGUAGAAAAAGAGGAAGUGGUAAAGGGUGAUGUGAAAGGCACCAUCAAGUCACUCCUGGAAACGGCACAGCGUGAAACUCCCAAAGUGAGACACGGUGCCUACAGAAGAAUCCGAGUGAAGCAGAGGCCUCCCGUGAAGAAUUUGAAUGCUGAAGCACAGAGGAACGCGCAGAAAAUAAAAACUGCCGUUUCGGCUGCGAGUCAGUCUGUCACCAAUGAAACUGAAAGCGUGCAAUCAAAGUCUUGUACAGUGGAGCGGAGCACCAAGCUAGCAAAAACCGUAGUGGAGCACAAAACAAUCAAACAAAAUCACGGCAUUAAAACAUUAAAAACAGACUUCUGCAAUCUGAAGCCAAAAGGAAUGAUACGAUUAAAUAAAACCAAAGUAGAAACCAAACUUCACACCCUGAAAGCACCAACGUCAGAGCCCGAUCUGCCUCUUCCUCCUCCUCCACCAGUGCUCGACAUCGACCUUCCCCCUCCUCCAAUGCCUCCGCCACCCUCUGUGGACUCUGACAUUGAUCACCUUCCUCCUCCACCCCCACCACUUACCAAUGAGGAGGACUUCCUCCCACCGCCUCCGCCUCAGCAAGAACUGGGAAGACUUCCAGCACAGGCGGUUCAGGUCUCACCGGCGGAGGCCAAAAAGAUGACAGUCAAGAAAGUGAAAGCUCCAACUUUGUGCCCCGUCCCCAAGCUCGAGUUGAAAGUGGAAUCCUACCAUGAAGCAGGAGUGACCAAGUCCAUGACGACCACAAGGACAUCGAAAACAUCUGAAGUCCCUCCACCACCGGCAAGGAAAGUUUGCAUCCCUCCUAUAAAAGUCACUCCUCCUCCUUCCCCUCCUCCUCAAAUGAGAGGGAAAGCCAGUAAAUUUAACACCCCGUUAAUAAAAGCAGAGGAAAAGUACCGCAAGCUGAAAGAGGACAGCACUCCUCCAAGCACUCCAACUCCUCCUUACGUAAAUGACGCCCUUACCGCGUCUCUUCAGAUCAUUGCUGCUGAGGACGGAAAGCAGACAGUAGAACAGAGCUCAGACUCCUCCACAUCCAAGCAGGGCAACGUCACCUCCAUUCAGCAAAGGAUCCUCACAGGCUCCAACACAGUAUCAUCUGCCAAGCAGGAAAUGGUCUCUAAUGAGACCUCCAAUGUCGUCUCUAUUCAAAAGGCCUCCUCCGUGACUUCCACCAGACAAAAGACUCUCAAAACCGUCUCGGUUUCCUCCAAACUGUCAACUCGGGCUGUCGUUGCCGAGCAAGUUCACACUGCAGUCGCUGGGUUAGCAAAAACAGAAAAAGAAACAGCUGACGAGAAAAAACGCGUGAAAAGUCUGACAGUGAAGACAUCUGAGAAAUCUGAAAGGAAGAAGGACGACGCUGUUGAAAAAGUCACACCCGAAACACCUGAGCAGAAUUUAAAGAAAUCCCAAACGGAGACUGAGACAAAAAAAGAAACAUCAGAGAAAGCAGCUAAAGUGAGUGACCCUGAUAAUAAAAGCACAAGUGGAGAAAAGGUCUCUGAUGCAGUGAAGACGACAGAAAAGACAGAAGCUACGGUCACAAUUAAAACUGGCACAGCAAACCAAAAGGUGGGAAAGCGUAACAACCAUGAAACACAGCCUGAUGUGAAGAUGGCAGAAGAGAAGGAGGUGGAAGAGAAGCUUCCGGCAAUCAAUGAGUCAACAAAGAUCAAAGCAGAGUUAAAGCAGGAGAUAAAGACCUUAAAUGUCAUUGACAGCCAGCCAGAAGCUUCAACACCAACAAAGAAGAAAAAGAAAUCCAAAAAGUCUAAAGGGGGGGCACAAUCAGGUCAAAGUAAAGACGCUGGCGCGGAAUCAAAGGCGGCCAUGACGGAAAGAACUAAUCAAACACUUCAAGCCGUUGUUGUUUCAGAAGAGCACGUUGAAGUCAAGAAGGAAGAACAACAAAAGGCUCCUCAAAAUCAACUUGAGGGAUCACGAAAGAAGAAAGCGGUGACAGUCGUUCAACGGGAAAGUCGAGCGGACCCAAUUAAAACGGCGCUUGAGUUGCAGCAAAACGAAAAAGUAAAAUCAACAUCAAAAGUGGAAGUGCCAGGCUUCAUUUCUCACAUGGCAGGCAUCCAAGCACUUUCCAAAACUGUGCUUGGGGGGUCUGCUGCGGAAGAAACAACUCAAAAAGUUGAUACGAAGGAGAAGCGUGGAUGUGAGAUUGUUGAAGAGUCGGCUACGGGUACCAGAAUAUCCAAGAUCAGCAUCGGUUCUACCAAAGUCCAGAACCAAACAAAGACCUCGCAUGAGAGCAGGAAAGGGGAAACAAUUCAAGUCAAGUCUGCUGAUCUUCGAGCUCCCUCGCCGUCACUGAGGACACGGCCUCCCUCGCCGACAUUCAUCACCAUCGAGUCAAUCCGAAGGACAGAUUCGCCCCAGAGAGUCACCCCAUCGCCUACGUUGCUGCACAGGCCAGCCACGCCUCCCACGCCACCGCCGCGCCGCUGCGAAACCCCCAUGGCACGCCUCACCAGAAUCACACCCUCGCCCACCUUUGACAAAGCCGAGAACUUGGAGAGGCUCAAAGACACGACGGCCAAGCUCUUACGUGGCGUCACCCCGCCUCCGCUCAUUUCUCCACAACUGAUCUCUGAGAAGAAAUCGGAAAUCGUGGAAACACCCGCGACAUUCCAUCAGCAGAUCAAACCUGCCACCUGCAGCCCAGAGGAGGCGCCCGGCAAGAAUUUAUUAGAGGAACCUGCAAAGACAGAAAAGGAUGCCUCUGAAGAUCCAGAGGCUUUGAAUGCAAAUGACCCCCAAAGUAGCUCUGAGAUCCAGCGUGUGCCUGAAGACACCUCUGAGCCAUCAUCUGCUUCAGUGAAAGAAAUGAAAGAGUUCUUUCAGGAGGCCCAGAAAGCUGAAAUGAAUAAAACCUACACACGCAAGGAACCCAUUGCUAUUCCUGAACGACUUGGCCCGGACCUGGAGCAAAGCCUGGAGGAACGUUCCAUUAUCAUCCCACUUCCCAGUGAAGCGAAGGAAGACAUCUCCGAUCAGGGCGUUCCCACUUUCGAUAUCCAGGCAGUCAUGGAUGUUUUUGAAAUGAAUGAGCAAAGUUUCUCUUUGGUUGAAGAGCAGCGGGAUCAGGAGGAGCCCAUGUCAAGCUGGGAAGAAGCAACAGCCAACACAUCAAAGCGGCAAAGCCCUCCAGAGAUGCAGGGGGGCUUAGAGCAGAGCGCCGCCCCGCCUCCUCAGGAAAAUGUGCGAGAAAUCAAACCUGCAGAUCCAACAGCACUUUCUGAGAGCAAAUCAAUCACAGAGCAUUUCUCAAAGGUUGACGAAUUUGGGAGCAAAGUCACGACGACACGUGUCAGUCCGCAGUAUGGCGGCACGUCGACACACCCGCCGCCGCCUUUCUCCUACGCCGACGCCGUGAAAAGGAAAGCGGUGGCGGCCAGGAGAACACAAACGUACGACCAAGAGGCCACAGAGAACUUGCUGAAAAACUUUCACCAAACGUGGAAAGAGAGCGAGACGGUCUUCGAGAGUCUCGGCUACGCCAUGUCGGAGGAGAUGACGUCACAGGUUGUGUCGCGUCAUCAGACGAGCGCCGUCUCCGGCUCGAGUGCCGAGGUCGGAGCUGUGCACGGUGUGUCGACGGAGGGUUUACCCGAUGGAUGGGUGGGUCGUGGACAGAAAGAAGUACCAUAAGUCCUGUUUCUUCUGUGAGCACUGCAAAACCAAGUUAAGCCUGGGAAAUUACGUCUCUCUCCACGGACGCUUCUUCUGUCUGCACCACUACAAACAACUCCUCAAGUCCAAAGGGAUGUACCAUAAUGGACUGGAGCAGAAAGCCCCCACAGGAAUUGGGGGAUCCGUCCUUGCGGAGCAGAAAGUG